AUGGAUGAUGUGAUUCAGACUUUGCAUGAGAUAGGGAACAUUAUGGGUAGGCAAGCUCAGGAAAGAGUCGCCGCCAUGGCCCAGGCUGCUGAGGCUGCAGCCGCCGCUGCUGUAAAUGAGAAUAAUGCCAAUCAGGGACAGGCUCAAAUGGCGGUAAACAGACAGAUGCAUCAGCUAGUAGAGCACUUUUUAAAGUUAAAGCCACCUAAGUUUACCGGGAAAGGUGACCCCGAAGCUGCACCAAGGUGGAUAGAGGAACUAGAAAAGGCGUUUGAGGUGUUGGGGUGCACCGAGCAGGAGAAGGUAACUCUGGCAGUGUACCAGAUGCAGGAAAUUGCGAAUGACUGGUGGAAGGCCACCAGAGGUCGAGUGUUUCCGGAAGGUGUCGCCCAGACUUGGGUAGGGUUCACUGAGAAUUUUUAUGGGAAAUACUUCUCGGAAAGUGCUAGGGAAAGGAAGAUAGCAGAAUUUAUGCGACUCCGCCAAGGUCAAAUGACUAUAGAUCAGUAUGAGGCGGAAUUCGCUAGAUUGUCCAAGUUUGCGCCAAGGAUGGUAGAACGUCCCGAGGAUAAGGCACGAAGGUUCCGGGAAGGGUUGAAGGCUGACUUUCGUACCCAGUUGAUACCGGCAAAUUUGAGAACCUAUGAGGACAUUUAUGAUAGAGCUCGGGCUCUUGAGGGGGACCAGGUCGACAGGGCAGCCGUAUCUGGAUCGCGGUUUACUCAGAAUAGGGACAAUCACCACUUUUUAAAGAGACCGAUGAUAGAAAAUAGGCGCUUCGUCCCACCCGCCAGAAGGAAUAUUGGAAAGCCAAACCCUCAACCGAAUCGAGUUGGGGCAUGUUUUAGAUGUGGGAGUUGGAGCAUCAAAUUAAAAGCUGUCCCCAGCAGCGCCCUUUAG